AUGCAGUCCUCCCCAAACAUGCUCACCAAGUUUGAGUCCAAAUCCUCCAGAGCCAAGGGAAUCGCAUUCCAUCCCAAACGGCCAUGGAUUCUCGUUUCUCUUCACUCUUCCACUAUCCAGCUAUGGGACUACCGCAUGGGAACCCUUAUUGACCGGUUCGAAGAACACGAUGGCCCCGUCCGAGGCAUUGAUUUCCACCCGACCCAGCCCCUGUUUGUGUCCGGAGGUGAUGAUUACAAGAUUAAGGUCUGGAACUACCAGACCCGGAGGUGUCUUUUCACUCUGAACGGUCACUUGGACUACGUGCGCACAGUAUUCUUCCACCCCGAGCUCCCUUGGAUCUUGUCUGCCUCCGAUGAUCAGACAAUUAGAAUCUGGAACUGGCAAAAUCGGUCCCUCAUUUGUACAAUGACCGGUCACAACCACUAUGUGAUGUGCGCUCAGUUCCAUCCCACCGAGGACCUCAUCGCCUCCGCCUCAUUGGACCAGUCCGUUCGCAUUUGGGACAUCUCCGGCUUGCGAAAGAAGCACUCGGCCCCGACCUCGAUUUCAUUCGAAGACCAGAUGGCACGAGCCAAUCCCAAUCAAGCCGAUAUGUUUGGAAAUACGGAUGCAGUUGUGAAGUUUGUGUUGGAGGGUCAUGACCGUGGUGUGAACUGGGUGUCGUUCCACCCCACACUCCCUCUGAUCGUGUCAGCCGGUGACGACCGAUUGAUCAAGCUCUGGCGGAUGAGUGAUACCAAGGCCUGGGAAGUUGACACUUGCCGCGGUCACUUCCAGAACGCCUCUGCUGCUCUGUUCCACCCCCACCAGGACCUCAUCCUGUCCGUUGGUGAAGACAAGACUAUCCGUGUAUGGGAUCUUAACAAGCGUACUUCCGUCCAGUCUUUCAAGCGCGACCUCGACCGAUUCUGGGUUAUCGCUGCUCACCCCGAGAUGAACCUGUUCGCCGCAGGCCACGACACCGGUGUCAUGGUCUUCAAACUCGAACGGGAGCGUCCCGCGUCCGCCAUUUAUCAGAACCAGCUUUUCUAUAUCACCAAGGAGAAGCACGUCAAGUCAUAUGAUUUCUCUAAGAAUGUUGAGUCGCCGCCAAUGCUCUCACUACGCAAGCUUGGCUCCCCUUGGGUCCCUCCUCGCACCGUUUCUUACAACCCCGCCGAGCGCGCUAUUCUUGUCACCUCGCCCGCUGACAAUGGAACGUAUGAGUUGAUUCAUCUGCCUCGGGAUGCUACCGGUGCGGUCGAACCUACAGACGUGAAGCGUGGCCAGGCUACAUCGGCAGUCUUUGUCGCCCGUAACCGUUUUGCUGUCUUCAACCCCUCUACCCAGCAGGUCGACAUCAAGGAUCUCAGCAAUUCUACGACCAAGACUAUCAAGGCUCCCGCUGGCACAACUGAUAUCUACUUUGGUGGCACUGGAUGCCUCCUUUUCAUCACCCCUACGCAUGUCUCUCUCUUCGAUAUCCAACAAAAGAAGCAGCUUGCAGAACUUGCUGUUAGCGGUGUGAAGUAUGUGGUCUGGUCCAACGAUGGAUUGUACUGCGCUUUGCUCAGCAAGCACAAUGUCACCAUCGUUACCAAGACUCUCGAGCAGGUGAGCACCCUGCAUGAGACCAUUCGCAUCAAGAGUGCCACUUGGGAUGAUGCCGGUGUUCUACUCUACUCUACCCUCAACCACAUCAAGUACUCUCUCCUCAACGGUGACAACGGUAUUAUUCGCACUCUCGACCAGACCGUUUACCUCGUACGCGUCAAGGGACGCAAUGUGUACGCACUGGACCGCAACGCCACACCCCGUAUCCUGGAGAUCGACCCCACUGAGUACCGAUUCAAGCUCUCCCUGGUCAAGCGGAACUAUGACGAGAUGCUCCAGAUCAUCAAGACUUCCAGUCUUGUUGGCCAAAGCAUUAUCUCUUACCUGCAGAAGAAGGGCUACCCCGAAAUUGCUUUGCAGUUCGUCCAGGACCCUCAGACUCGUUUCGACCUUGCCCUUGAGUGUGGUAACCUUGAGGUUGCUAUCGAGAUGGCUCGCGAAUUGGACCGACCCAACUUCUGGAACAGACUGGGAACCGAGGCCUUGGCUCACGGUAACCACCAGACUGUUGAAAUGACCUACCAAAAGCAGCGUAACUUCGACAAGCUUUCCUUCCUCUACCUGGCCACCGGUGACCAGGAGAAGCUCUCUCGUAUGGCCAAGAUCGCCGAACACCGUGGCGAUUUCACUUCCCGCUUCCAGAACGCCAUUUACCGUGGCGAUGUUGAGGACCGAAUCCAGAUGUUCAAGGAAGUGGACUUGUACCCUCUGGCCUACCUCACUGCCAAGUCUCACGGUUUGACUGAAGAGGCUGAGUCAAUUCUGGAGGCUUGUGGCCUGACCGAAGAUCAAAUCGGUCUGCCUACUCUCGAACAACCCCUCAAGGUUGCACACCCCAUUGUCCCUACCUUCAAGUCCAACUGGCCAGUUAAGGCUGCUGGUCACUCUUCCUUCGAGAAGGCUCUUCUUGGAGAAGUUGGUGCCGCAGAUGACGAGGCUGGCGCAGAUGGCUUCGAGGCUGAGGAGGUGGAACAAGAAGCUACUCUUGCUCGUGAAACCCUGGAUGAUGACGAAGAAGAUGCUUCCGGUUGGGAUAUGGGAGAUGAUGUCAAUGUCGAAGAGGAAGUCGACUUCGUUAACGUGGAAACUGCCGAAGCCGGCGCAGGCAGCUCUGAGGCCGACUUGUGGGCUCGCAACUCCCCCCUUGCAGCUGACCACGUUGCUGCCGGCUCCUUCGAGACUGCCAUGCAGCUCCUGAACCGUCAAGUUGGUGCUGUUCAAUUCGCCCCUCUCAAGAGCCGAUUCCUUGAUAUUUACAAGGCAUCCAAGACCUAUCUUCCCGCGACCCCUGGUCUUCCCCCUCUCGUCAACUAUGUUCGCAGAACUGUCGAGGAAACUGACGCCCGCAAGAUGCUCCCAGUCAUCCCUCGGGACCUUGAGACCAUCGCCAACAUUGACUUACAAGAGGGCUACGCCGCCAUGCGCUCAAACAAGCUUGAGGAUGGUGUAAAGAUUUUCAAGGAUGUUCUUCACUCUGUUCUGAUCAACACUGUCUCGUCUGAGGCUGAAGUUGAACAGGCAAAGAAGAUCAUUUCCACUGCCCGUGAAUACAUCCUCGCCAUGUCUAUUGAGCUUCAGCGUCGUACUCUUUCCACCGACACUCCCGAGGGCCUCAAGCGCAGCCUCGAGCUGUCUGCCUAUUUCACUAUUCCCAAGCUUGAGGUUGCUCAUCGCCAGCUGGCAUUGAUGGCUGCCAUGAAGCUCGCCUUCGCCAACCGCAACUACUCCUCCGCCUUGAGCUUCGCCAAUCGGAUGCUGGCUAAUGGCGGCUCCGCCAAGCUUUUGGACCAGGCCAAGAAGAUCAAAGCUCAAUGCGAACGCAACCCGCAAGAUCAGAUCGAUAUUGACUUCGACUCUUUCGCCGAAUUCGACAUCUGUGCCGCCUCCUACACCCCGAUCUACAGCGGCUCCCCUAGCGUGUCGGAUCCCUUCACCGGCGCCAAGUACCACCCCCAGUACAAGGGCAGCGUCUGCCGGAUAUCAGAUGUCACGGAGAUCGGUGCACCGGCCAGUGGUCUGCGCCUGUUCGUCCCCAGUCAAUUUUAA